GGCUCAGGAGUCAGAGUCAGAAGAAGAGCCAGCAGCGCAAAGCCGAGAUGAUAUCUCAGCAGAUAGGCGAGCGCAGGCAGCCACCAGGAUCCGGAGCAUAGAGCGCGGCAGGCAGUCUCGCAACCGGCAGGCUGACCGCAAACAAGGGCAGGCUCAGGAGUCAGAGUCAGAAGAUGAGGCGCUAGCUUCCAGCCAAGAUGACAUCACGGCAGAUAGGCGAGCACAGGCGGCCACAAGGAUCCAGAGCAUAGAGCGCGGCAGGCAGUCUCGCAACCGGCUGGCUGACCGCCAACAAGGGCAGGCUCAGGAGUCAGAGUCAGAAGAUGAGGCACCAGCUCCCAGCCAAGAUGACAUCACGGCAGAUAGGCGAGCACAGGCGGCCACAAGGAUCCAGAGCAUAGAGCGCGGCAGGCAGUCUCGCAACCGGCUGGCUGACCGCAAACAAGGGCAGGCUCAGGAGUCAGAGUCAAAAGAUGAGGCGCUAGCUUCCAGCCAAGAUGACAUCACCGCAGACAGGCAAGCGCAGGCGGCCACAAGGAUUCAGAGCAUAGAGCGCGGCAGGCAGUCUCGCAACCGGCUGGCUGACCGCAAACAAGGGCAGGCUCAGGAGUCAGAGUCAAAAGAUGAGGCGCUAGCUUCCAGCCAAGAUGACAUCACCGCAGACAGGCAAGCGCAGGCGGCCACAAGGAUUCAGAGCAUAGAGCGCGGCAGGCAGUCUCGCAACAGGCUGGCUGACCGCCAACAAGGGCAGGCUCAGGAGUCAGAGUCAGAAGAUGAGGCACCAGCUCCCAGCCAAGAUGACAUCACGGCAGAUAGGCGGGCGCAGGCGGCCACAAGGAUUCAGAGCAUAGAGCGCGGCAGGCAGUCUCGCAAACGGCUGGCUGAGCGCAAACAAGGCCAGGCUCAGCAGUCAGAGUCAGAAGAAGAGCCAGCAGCGCACAGUCGAGAUGAUAUCCCAGCAGAUAGGCGAGCGCAGGCGGCCACAAGGAUCCAGAGCAUAGAGCGCGGCAGACAGUCUCGCAAGCGUUUGGCCGACAGCAAACAAGGCCAGGCACACGAGUCAGAGUCAGACGAAGAGACACCAGCGUCCAGCCGACAAGCCGUCACAGGAUCGCGGCAGGCAGUCUCGCAACAGGCUUGCUGACCGCAAACAAGGGCAGGUUCAGGAGGAGUCAGAGUCAGAAGAUGAGGCACCAGCUUCCAGCCAAGAUGACAUUACGGCAGAUAGGCGAGCGCACGCAGCCACAAGGAUCCAGAGCAUAGAGCGCAGCAGGCAGUCUCGCAACCGGCUGGCUGAGCACAAACAAGGCCAGGCUCAGGAGUCACAGUCAGUCGAUCAGGCACCAGCUCCCAGCCAAGUUGACAUCACGGCAGAUAGGUGAGCACAGGCGGCCACAAGGAUCCAGAGCAUGGAGCGCGGCAGGCAGUCUCGCAACCGGCUGGCUGAGCACAAACAAGGGCAGGCUCAGGAGUCAGAGUCAGUCGAUCAGGCACCAGCUCCCAGCCAAGUUGACAUCACGGCAGAUAGGCGAGCACAGGCGGCCACAAGGAUUCAGAGCAUAGAGCGCGGCAGGCAGUCUCGCAAACGGCUGGCUGAGCGCAAACAAGGCCAGGCUCAGGAGUCAGAGUCAGAAGAAGAGCCAGCUGCGCACAGUCGAGAUGAUUUUGCAGCAGAUAGGCAAGCGCAGGCGGCCACAAGGAUCCAGAGCAUAGAGCGCGGUAAGCAGUCUCGCAACAAGAUGGCUGACCGCAAACAAGGGCAGGCUCAGGAGUCAGAGUCAACAGAUGAGGCGCUACCUUCCAGCCAAGAUGACAUCACCGCAGACAGGCAAGCGCAGGCGGCCACAAGGAUUCAGAGCAUAGAGCGCGGCAGGCAGUCUCGCAAUUGGCUGGCUGAGCACAAACAAGGCCAGGCUCAGGAGUCAGAGUCAGUCGAUCAGGCACCAGCUCCCAGCCAAGUUGACAUCACGGCAAAUAGGCGGGCGCAGGCGGCCACAAGGAUUCAGAGCAUAGAGCGCGGCAGUCAGUCUCGCAACCGGCUGGCUGAGCGCAAACAAGGCCAGGCUCAGGAGUCAGAGUCAGAAGAAGAGCCAGCGGCGCAGUCGAGAUGAUUUCGCAGCAGAUAGGCGAGCGCAGGCGGCCACAAGGAUGCAGAGCAUAGAGCGCGGCAGACAGUCUCGCAAGCGUUUGGCCGAUAGCAAACAAGGCCAGGCACACGAGUCAGAGUCAGACGAAGAGACACCAGCGUCCAGCCGACAAGACGUCACAGGAUCGCGGCAGGCAGUCUCGCAACAGGCUUGCUGACCGCAAACAAGAGAAGAUGAGGCACCAGCUCCCAGCCAAGAUGACAUUACGGCAGAUAGGCGAGCGCACGCAGCCACAAGGAUCCAGAGCAUAGAGCGCAGCAGGCAGUCAGCUGGCUGACCGCAAACAAGAGCAGGCUCAGGAGUCAGAGUCAGAAGCUCAGGAGUCAGAGUCAGAAGCAGAGCCAUCAGCGCACAGCCGAGAUGACAUCACGGCAGAUAGGCGCGCGCAGGCGGCCACAAGGAUCCAGAGCAUAGAGCGCGGCAGGCAGUCUCGCAACCGUCUGGCUGACCGCAAACAAGAGCAGGCUCAGGAUUCGAGUCAUAGGCGUGCGCAGUCGGCCACAAGGAUCCAGAGCAUAGAGCGCGGCAGGCAUUGGCUGACCGCAAACAAGAGCAGGCCCAGGAGUCAGAUUCAGAAGUAGAGCCAUCAGAACACUCGAGAUGGCACCUCGGAAGAUGGGCAACAAGAAGGAUCCCGAGCAGAGAGCGCGGCAAGCACACAGGCUGGCUGACCGCAAUCAAAACCAGGCUUAGGAGUCAGAGUGCGAAGGAGAGGCGUCAGCACGGGCAACUUUCAGCGUAGGCUGACUGCACACAAGGCUCCGCGACGGGUUCUGCUCGCGCAGGUCGCCGGGCACUCGCACGUAGUGCACUCCUCGGUCUGGCGCUGCCGCACGGAUGCAGCUCAGAGCUGAGGGAGUUGAUGUUAAAAUGCAGCGUCCGCAUUUGAAAACAGCUGGCUCUUCGAUUUGCCCGUUCUCGGGCAACUGAUGUUGACCAUUCGGCCCCAACUCUUACUGGGAGGAGCAUUUCAGCCAGCCGGAGCCAUUCCAGCGCUCGAGGAAGCGCGCGGGAGCUUGAGAAGCAUUCGGAACUCCCGGCAUAUCCUGGCAUGCCUGUUUGCUGCCUCGAUGUGGGAGAUCAUUCUUCCUGAUUUCUUGGCGAAGCUUUCUGCAGCCGCGCGAAUGAUGUCCAUCAUAAGAGGUCCUGCUGCGUAACAUUCAGAGACGCGAGGCAUGAUGCCUUCGCGACGGCAAAGCUGUCGCGACUCCUUAGUAGCAUUCGGUCAGCAAUCUCUUGGCUGAACGCCUCAAAAAUGGACCACAUAGAUGGUGAGAAGAAGGGUUUGGGCCGAAUCGAGGGCCCGCCAGUUUCAAAAUUACCCCUGAGGGGCAGAAACUGACGUUGGCAAUUGCAGGUGACCUUCGUACCUCACGAAUGUGCCACGAUCUUGGCCAUGCGUGGCCAUCGGAAGCUUGUGAGGGUUAACCCGGCCUCGUCACAGGAUGAAAAGAGAUGCCAUUAGCAGCCACACAGCUCAGACAGUCAUUGGCUUCCGAUGUUUUGCUUGAGAGCCUCUAGGUCUGCAUGUUUGUCCAGCUUCGC